AUGGAUGAGAAUGAUCGUCCACCAGAACCAAUUGCAAGUGAUUAUGUUGAAUUAGGAACAUUACUCAUUUUAUUUAUUAUUGGUGGACCAUUAAAUCUUGCAGCACAUGCACAGAUCACAGAGCGACCAACGGCUACACGCCUUGAUAUUUUGAAACGACACUUGAAUUAUUCUGAUUUACUUGUACUAUUUAUAUAUGUACCAUCACGAGUCUGUUGGCUGCUAACAUAUGAUUGGCGUGGUGGAAAUUCCUUAUGUAAAAUUAUCAAAUUUCUUCAUACAUUUUCUUUUCAGGUAUCAUCAAAUGUGAUUGUUUGCAUAGCACUUGAUCGUUUAUUAUCAGUAAUGUCAUCAAAACAUCAUUCACCGGAAAAAGCUCAGCAAAGAACUCGAGUUAUGCUUAUGAUAGCAUGGAUUGCUGCCGCUAUCAUCAGUACACCACAGUUUGUUGUGUGGAAAACAUUUCUUGCAUUUGAGGAACUUAAUUGGAGUCAGUGUAUGCAGAUCUGGGAUAUAAUUCGUGUUGAGCAAGCCAUGCAAAAUAAUAGUGUUCGAACAUCGCAUCAUUUGAUGGAACUGGAAAAUAUUUAUGUAGUUGUUCAUACGAUGCUGAUUUUUUGGGUUCCAGCAACUAUUGUUCUGUUAUGUUAUCUAAUUGUAUCCUGCUGGGUUUAUCUGAAUUCACAACCCAUAGCAAAUACAACAAUGUAUUCGCAUAAUUUAAUCCAAUUAAAUGUUUUCGGUUCCGAAAACAAUAAGCGAUGUGUAAGGGAUCAACAGUCUGCUGAUUGGAAGCCCUUAAAACCGACGCUAAAGAAAGGAAAGGAUGAAAACACAUCGUCGCUGUUAAGGCCUAGUCCACGUGUCGUUAUCAGUGAAGAUGGUCAGGCUGUCAGUAAGCAGCUGAUAACGAAACAAGAGAACACUGCUAUUACCGAUCACGGUUCAGCUGAUCACUUUGUCAAUUAUCGGUCGUACAACACCAAAAUUAUGCGAAGUCGAGCGAUUCGAAUAAGUUUUCAACUAGUAGCUGCUUAUAUAAUAUGCUGGUUACCGUAUAAUGGGCUUACUUUGUAUCAUUUUAUGGAUCCUCAAGGAUUUUUUGAGACACAUGCUAAUAAGGUUUAUUGUUUGCACAGUAUUAUGGUCUUUAAUGCAGUAAUCAAUCCAUAUCUUUAUGGGCUAUUUGGAAAUUUGUUAUUACGGAGGCGAACUGAUCUAGACUGA